AUGCGCGAAGUUUCCGAGUUCAUUCAUACUUUAACGGAUUCAGAUGUGUAUGUUGUGAAGUUGGACGAGAAUCCCGUUCUGGACGUGAGAGAUAGUUACUUUGGAACAGUUUGGGAGCAAGUUGAUGGCGUUUGUGCUGAGUUGGCUGCCAUUCCCGAACUUCAUCACGGUUUCAAUGCUUUGGGUGUUAGUCAGGGCGGUUUAUUUUUACGUGCUCUGCAGCAGUCAUGCUCGUCUGUACGGAUUCAUAACUUGGUCACUUUAGGCUCUCCCCAUAUGGGUGUCCAGAGCAUCCCUACGUGCUCUCCAACCAACAUCUUCUGCCGGACGGCUGUACGUUUUCUGCUGCGUUUGGGUUUCUGGGAUGCUUGGGUUCAAAAACGAUUUGUUCAAGCUCAAUACUACCGUGAAGAAACGGCUUACGACAAGUACCUCGAAAACAAUAUUUUCCUUCCCUAUGUUAAUAACGAGCUUCCUCAUAACCGCUCUUCGAUGUUCUCUUCCCGACUGCAAAAACUGAACAAGCUUGUUCUCGUUGGGUUCGGCGACGACCGUUUGAUUGAACCUCGUAGCUCGUCCUUGUUCGGAUGGGUGAACGAGACAACGGGUGAGCUGGUUCCCAUGCGUGAGCAACCCCUUUACAAAAGUAACGCUCUCGGUCUGCGUACGCUUGACGAAUCUGGUAAAGUGGAUGAGUUGAUUUUUCCCGGAAACCAUCUUCACCUCAGUAAAAGCGAUUUUGCCAAACUGAUCUUGACUUACUUCAGAAGGAACUCUGACGACACAGUCGAUUCAAAAGACAGACCGAAUAGCUACAAGCAUGUGAAACGUGCUCCUUGGGCUUCAAAAAAAUUGCACGACUCGAAGGCCGCUCAACAGUUGAAAGAGUUUGCACAAAAGAAACAGAAAGCUGAAAACGCUCCCUCCGAAGCUGCUCCAAUCACUACUGUGGAAGAACUGGAUGAUCUUACAAACCCAUUUGUUAAUGUCAGUAGAAAGCUGCGUACGACUGCUGCCUCUGCUUUCGUCACCGUGUUUUCCCACUUCUUCUAUGAAAUCAACGAUGUCUACCACAGUUUACUUGAGCUCUUUUCUUUAAUUCCACAAAUUAUUGGAAUCGUGUACCUGAGUGUUCUGUUUACGAACCGUGAAAUGGACACAUUAAUGCAGUUUGCUGGUCAGGUCGGCAACGAGAUGUUUAAUUAUAUCUUAAAAAUCACUAUUCGCGAACCUCGUCAACAUGGUUUUGGCAUGGGCUACGGAAUGCCGAGCAGCCAUUCUCAGUUUAUGGGUUACUUUUUUGCCUAUAUGUGUACUUGGUGUAUUAUUUACCGCCGCGAACAGUUGAAGAGCUUGGUGACCAUCGCUAAAAUGAAUCUCUGGGCUUUGCUCUGUACGUGUGUUUGUGCUAGUCGGUAUCUACUUGGCUUCCACACAGCGAAACAAGUCGCAGUUGGCUUUUUCGCUGGUGCAAUUGUCGGUACCGUUUGGUGCAUCAUUGUAUCUAUUCUGCGCGUCUUUGAUGUGCUUUACCUUCUCCUUGAGUGGAAGUUGCUCCAAAUGUUCUCUUUCAAAGAUACGAUUCCUUGGUCUGUGAAUACCCAUCACCGUCUUUGGCUGGACAGUCGUUCACCUAACAAGGAUGAUUGA